AUGCCCCACCGCGUUGACUCAAUCUCAAUGCCGUCCUCCCAUCGUCGCGACUAUGAUUAUGACUAUGAUCAUUCAUACAGGAGACCAUCUCCUCCGCCAAUUGCAACUUUGUCCCAUUCUCCUUCGCUAUCCGUUUCAUCAUUAGACCGUUCAUCCGUAUCUUCACCGGCGCCACGCCGAUCACCCACUGAUCGUUCGGUUGAUUCACAUUCAACCUACUCUGAUGCCUAUUAUUCUCAAGAUCAGAUGGCUCGGCAGUCUAGACCCUACCCCCACGACCCAGUCCGAGACUCGGGAAGGGUCUCCCACAGUUAUUCUUAUACCCCUCGCCCUCAUCCUGAGCACAGAUACUCGCAUGACUCUCACCCAUAUCAUGUGUCUUCCUAUACAAGCCCCGCACUGGCUCACAGUGCUGCGAGCAGUGGACGUGAUAAUCCACAGCUUUCGUAUCCACUUCCGGGUCAAAGUUACCAUGCCACAAUUGGAUAUACGGACGAUGCUGCUACGAAAUUAAGUGACCGUGUCCGUAGAAGGUGUUUCAAUUGCUGUACCACAGACACAUCGACGUGGCGCCGUUCUAACUUGAAUCCUGGAAAAGUUCUGUGCAAUAAAUGUGGCUUGUUUGAGCGCACUCAUGGUCGGUCGAGACCGGAUCAGUUUCCUCAUCGCAGGGGCGCAUUAGCGACGACGGCAAUGCGGCCAAGGACUCCCCCACAAUCAACGCAUCUACCACCAAUCUCCACUCACGUUCCCCCUUUGGCGCCUUACCAUUUUUCACACCCUUCCAUUGCCCCUCUUCAGUCUGUACCUGACUCAAGGAGGUCACAGCACCCGAACACGUUGCCGGAGAUCCAAUCUUGGAUAGAUGCUCCAGGCGCACGGACCUCCUACUCCGGUGGGUCAGCAGACCGUGGACAUGAAAGUGCGCGUCAACGGUCACCUCCGCGCUUGCACCACGUAGAUAUGCGUUCGUCAAGCGUUCAUGAAGCGGUGGCAUGA